CUAACUAGGAAAGCUAUGCAUGUGUAGAGAAAAACAGGAUAACUUGGCUAACGUUAAAGCUAGUACGUAUAUUUUUGCUUUCUGGAGCGCGGAAGCUAAAUAUACAACUGUUAUAUGGACUGUGCAAAGAAGUCACACAACGUUAAGAAGUGCUCAUAAUAAUAUUAUUUAAUCUACACGACCUACUGUUGGAUAUUCGCAGCAGGAAGCUAGCGACAUAUCUCUGAGGCUAGUAACCAAGAUGUACUGUGUGAGACAACGUCAGGCUGUAACGUCUACAGUGUGAGUGUGCAGUCCUCCUUGCCAAAGAAGGAGAGGCACCAGGGACCAUGAGUGAGAAUGGUCCUCAUACUGAGGCGACGAUGUACUUUGAGGUAGAGGUGGAACACCUGGGGCGGGAUGAUGAAGAUGAAGACGAAGACAAGAUCCACUUUGACAAAGAUGAUAACCUGCUCGGCGAGUCUUCGUCGUCAUCUGGUCGGGUGUACGACCGCACCACAGUACUCAUUGAGCGGGACCCUAUCCGGCUAGAUGAAGAAGGUGAAGAGGAGGGUCACUGUGGAGGGGAGGAGGAAGGGGUCACCUUCCUCACUGAAGGGGAAGCAGAUGAGGAGGAUGGCUCUAUGGUUUUUAUGUCGGACCCUGUUGGGAUGUCACAGGGUUAUGUGCACCACACUAUUUCUCCAGACCAGAUCCAGUUCACGAUAAAUCCAGGCUCCACCCGUAUGCCGCGCAACAUUGAGGGGGCCACCCUCACGCUGCACUCCGAGUGCCCCGAGACCAAGAUGAGAGAGGUGAAGCGCUACCAGUGCAUGUUCGAAGGUUGCACCAGGACGUACAGCACGGCGGGAAACCUGCGAACGCACCAGAAGACGCACCGGGGCGAGUACACAUUCGUGUGUAAUCAGCUGGGCUGUGGGAAGGCCUUCCUCACCUCCUACAGCCUCAAGAUCCAUGUCCGCGUGCACACCAAGGAGAAGCCGUUUGAGUGUGAUGUGCAUGGCUGUGAGAAGGCCUUCAACACGUUAUACAGACUGAAAGCACACCAGAGACUUCACACAGGCAAGACAUUCAACUGUGAAUCAGACGGAUGCUCCAAGUACUUCACCACACUGAGCGACCUGAGGAAGCACAUUCGCACACACACUGGGGAGAAACCCUUCCGGUGA